CUUUUCACCCAUCCAGAUGAAGUAAUGGAUCGUACAGGCAGAUAGUAAAUCUGCAAUAGCGAUACGAAAUAACGCCAUUUGAAAUCAUUUCAAAUGAAAUAACGACAUUUGCAAUUUAAUUUCCCACAGUGCACUUUCUCCAGCAUACUCGCCACUGCUGGAAUAGCGCAUGCGUGCACAAGAGUAGAAUACGCGCAUGUCCACAGCCAGCGACGAAGUACGCUUGGCAAAGGAAGCCAGUAAGAAAAGUCCUGCCCCAACUAUAUUCUCCAGAAUUAUUGAAAAAACUAUUCCUGCAGACAUAAUAUAUGAAGAUGAUAAGUGUCUGGCAUUCAGGGACAUAAGUCCUCAGGCCCCUGUGCAUUUCCUGGUUAUUCCGAGGGCUCCCAUUCCAAGGAUCAGUGAAGUUCAUGACAAUGAUGCGCUGCUCCUUGGUCACCUCUUGGUGGUGGCUAAAAACCUGGCAAAGAAAGAAAGACUGGAGGAAGGAUAUAGAUUGGUGAUUAAUGAUGGGAAGAAUGGAGCCCAGUCUGUAUACCAUCUACACCUCCAUGUCCUUGGGGGUCGACAGAUGGGAUGGCCACCGGGAUAAGUGUUCCCACUGUUAGUGUAAAUCAAAAGUUCUGUGCACUGGUUAGUAGUGAGAGACUAUAAUAAUUUAACCUAAAUGUAAAAGGAAUCUGGAGCAACUAGAAAAUGCAGAUGAGGUGCUGAGAAGUAAUAGCUGCUGUUGCUUUAAAAAAAGACUCCUGGUAUUACAGGUAAGCACUCUGUAAAUCUUAUGUUCAACAAAAGUCUAUUUUCUAAACAUUAGUCUUUCUCUUUCAUGGGGUUCUAACCCUUUUUUGAGAGAAUUGUCUCAAACUGCUGGUGUAUAACUCUCUUGGUUAGUGCAUAAAUAAACGCAGUAUGCACUAUUUUUUUGAUUCUGUCAUUACAAACCAGUUCACAUAAAACUCAAUAGCAUAAAGGCCUUCAAACAUCACAUGAACAGUGAACAACACUUACUGGUUUCCAAAGCCUAGGAAAACACCUUGCCAAUGAGCUAGUCCCACUGUUCACUCAGUGCUUCAUCUCACACACACUGCCAUUGCCCCAGCAACUUCAAGUUCUGUUAUUGCACCUGUUCUGCAAAACAAAACAAAAAGUCCAAAAUGGCUGUGGACGUAUGUUGGUGUUAAUAAAAGUAUUUGAAUCUGA